AUCUGGUUUGGUUGGUGGAUUUCUGUGGCUUUUUUUAAUGGUGCAGCUUUCUCACUGGUUCCUUUCAUUGACCAACCAACUUGACGAAAACUCAUCCAUCGUCCUUCAUCAACACAGUUUUCAAGAAUGGAUGCCAGUUCAAGUGACGGCACCGGUGAUGCUUCUGUCCUAAAAGAAUCUUUUAUUCCUGGAACUAGCCAAUAUGGCGACGAUGAUGAGGGAAUGGUAUCAUCAGGAGAAGGUGAAGGCGAUUUCCGUAUGGACGAACCUCUACGAGAACAGGACCGCUUCCUUCCAAUUGCUAAUGUCGCCAGAAUCAUGAAAAAAUCAAUUCCAAGAACCGGUAAAAUUGCUAAAGAUGCUAAAGAAUGUGUACAGGAAUGUGUUUCAGAAUUUAUAAGUUUUAUCACAAGCGAGGCCAGUGAAAGAUGUCAACAUGAGAAACGAAAAACCAUCAACGGUGAAGAUAUCUUGUUUGCUAUGUUUACCUUGGGCUUCGACAAUUAUGUCGAUCCUUUGAAGUUAUACUUACAAAAAUACAGAGAGCCUGCCAAAGGAGAGAAAGGGAUGAACCCCAAUGCUAUAAUGGGAGAAAAUGCAGUGGAGGAACUUGACGAAGCAUAUACCACAUUAGCAAAUAACAUCUUGUCAACAGAGCAGUCUGGCCAACAGAAUGUCCUUUAUGCAUAUUCAGGCCAGAUGUCGCAACAAAUAUUCUAAAGAAAUCUGGACAUUUUCUUUUCCUUCUUCAUGUUUUACUUGUCUAUGUCUGACCUAUAUUUUUUUUUUUUUACUUUCCUUACAGUGUCUUCUGUCUUUCUUUCUUUUCUUCUUAUUCUUCUUCUUCUAUUUCGGUACCGUCUUCCCAUGUCUUUGGCUUUUACCUAACAUGUCUCUCUGUCUGUCUGUCUUGUGAUACAUCCACAAUCCAUGCAUGUCCCCACCCCCAGCGUCUGCCUGUCUAUGUCUUCUUCCAUUUGUUAGUUAUGUUUCUUGAUAAAAAAAAAAGUGAAAAAAAAAGGAAAAAAACAACGGAAUUCGAGGAAGCUAUCCCUACUCCCACCACAACCCUUUGCCUCCUACAUCUAUGCAAGUUCUCUCUCUUGUGUGUGUGUGUAUGUUGAAGGAGACAUGUACAUGUAGAGACAUAUACAUGUAGAGACAUGUUCAUACCACACACACACAAGCACGCUCGUGUAAAAUGAAUAUACAUAUAUCUAUAGACACACGCACACACAUAUACAUACAUAUUCGAGCAAGAUCGUUGCCAGUGCCGCUGGACUGGC